CGAAAGAGCGACGCCGACGACAUCUUCCUUAAGUCGGACGACAGCGACGGCGCCGUGACGUCACGGCUCGCAGCGCCCCUUCACGACGCGUCGCGGAGAAUUGUGGGCGGUAUGGAAGGGAGAUCUCGCACGAAGAGCGGCGGCGGCGGCGGCGACGUUGGCGAUGCGGAGCCGAGCGAGGCCGCGCAGAAGCCAAAGAUCUGGUCGCUGGCGCACACAGCGACGUCUGACAGCCCGCCGAGCGCGCGCCGGAGCCUGCAUCAGCAGCAUCAGCAGCAGCAGCAGCUUUCUCAUCCUCCUGCUCCUCCGUCCUUGCAUCCUCAUCAUCUCACACAGAGUGGCUUCUUCUUCGCGCGGCCGUGGCAUGAUGCAGGCGCGUUCAUGCAGCGCGGCGGCUACCCGCUCACGGGAGUCGCUCCCAUCACGGCGGCGACCCGCCUCACGGCGCCCACACCCAUCAUGCCGCCGAUGAUGUCACCGCUGACCCCUCACAAGGUCAGACUGACACCGGCAGACGAACACCGUCGCAGGUCUGAGCCGUGCCACCUGGCGCUGACAGAGAGAACUAGCCAAAGCAGUCCGUCCAGUAGCAGUAGCUCGUCAAGUCCAGUCGGUGACAGUCAGCGGGAUGUCAACGCUAGAAAAGUCGUCAGUCUGCAGCAAGGCAGCAGUCCCCUGCCACCUAUACCCACAUCCGGGUGAGUAGC